UAAGUAUAUAGUUUCCAGUGAUAAUCAAAACAACGAAACAUGAGCAGACGCGCGAGUUUAUUUGCAAAACAAAACCCGGAAGUUAAAAAGAAAGGUGUACGGUUUCCGGAUGAGUUGGUAUUUUUGGACAAUAUUAAAGAAAAUGAUAUACAUGCAUUAGAUCACAUGCUGCGGAGAGCCAGCUUACAAGUUGACAUAAGUGGAAUUAAUGAUGUUGGUUUAACGCCUUUACAUCAAGCGGUGCUAGACGGCAAUGAAAGCGCUGUAAGACUUCUGGUAGCUCAUGGUGCAGAUAUUAACAAACAAGACGAUGAUUCUUGGACACCGCUUCAUGCCGCGUGUGCCGAAGGAUACGCUGAUAUUGUUGCAUUCUUAUUGGACAACGGUGCGGAUAAAACAAUAUUGACAGAAGAUGGUGAAAGACCACUUGAUCUUGUAGAACAAUCAGAUUUCGAGACUAUUCGUGUAAUGUUGGGCCACGCCCAAUCUUGUGAUAAUGACCAAUCAGAUGACGACACAUUGGAACAAGAUGGCGGUACUUCCGUAUCCGGAUGACCUAAUUUUUUAUACUUUAUUUUACCACAGAUGUCUUUUUUGUUGUUCUUAGAUAUUAUUAUGUUAAUCCAACGGGAGUUUUUCAAUCUGCGACGGUUGGCAGUGACUACAAGUAUUAGAUGCAUUUUACGAUUUAUUUGUGCCAUUAAUUAUAAGUAUCAUGUGUAAUUUUUUCUGGUAUAAUAUCCCACAUUCUUUUGACACUGUUUUGUGCAAAAAGACAUUUAAUUCAUUCUGAUUAAACAGAACAAUGUCGAGCAACUGAGUAAAGUGAACGAUUGUGAUACAUUUAUUUGAAAGUAAAAUUAAGUUUUUCAAGCUUAUUUGUUAUUGUUAACACGCAUUGAUAUCAAUUGGACUUAAACUAUUCAUGACAAUCCAGUAAGAAUUUCAAGCAAGUGAUAAAAGCUAUGAAGUAGUUUGUUUCUAUGCUUUAGGCGUCAAAGUUAGUAAAUAUACGAAAUGUUUCCUCAAAAUUUACGUCAAAUAAAAGAUCGUGUUCAUCGCUGUAACAAAUUUUAUAGUGAAAAUAAAAUGAGAAACUCAAACAUUGGAAAUAUGAGUAUAAAAUGAUACUAUAAAAUGAAUUAUUUUAUGGAUGAGUACAUAACUUAUUCUGAGCAAUGCCGACUGAAUUAUAUAUAAAAUUGUGCAUUCAAUGAUAAAAUUUGUAGUUUUCGAAAUAAUUUAUUUAUCGGCGACUCCGGUUUAUCUUUAAAUAUGAUUGUUUUACAUCGCUAGUAUUUG